AUGUUUGGAUUCGGAAGGAAGCAAGAGCAGCAGCAAGAUCCCGUGGUGGCGGCAGCAGCCAAUCUUGCGGCGUCUUUGAAGCAGCAGAAGGAACAGUUUGUAUCGGAUUUGACUGGGGGUCCAAUUGACGAGAUCUACUAUAUUACUACGGUCUCAUUAACGGCAUAUUUCACGUAUAGUUUGAUGUAUAAGUAUUAUAGACAAUCCACUGCCAUUCCAAUUGAUUUCAGUUUGCAGGUAGUUGGUCUUUUGUUAUCGAUUAGUUUAUAUGCUGAGAAUGUGACUUCAUUACAUUUCUUAGUUGGGAUUCCUGGGAUUAUAAUUUAUCUUUUAGCUAGAUUACUGAAUCAGCAUAAAUCAUCAAAGAAGAAGAAUGCUAAUGUUGACCUUUUACCUAAAAAAUCAUUUAUCACUGCUUAUAGAUCUCAUAUGAUUAUCAUUACCAAUAUUGCAAUUUUAGCAGUUGAUUAUAAAAUUUUCCCAAGAAGAUUUGCUAAAGUUGAGACAUGGGGGACAUCACUUAUGGAUAUGGGAGUCGGGUCAUUUGUAUUUUCAAUGGGACUUGCUAAUAGUCGAUCAGUGAUUAAGCAACGAUUCAAAUCAUCGGAUAAAUCAAGUUAUAAAUUCAAAGUUAGUCAACAUUUGAAAUUGAUCUACCAUAAUACUGUUAAAGCAUUACCGGUUCUUGGAUUGGGGUUGAUUAGGUUAGUCAGUGUUAAGACUUUGGAAUAUCAAGAACAUGCCACUGAAUACGGUAUCCAUUGGAAUUUCUUCAUCACACUAGGGCUAUUACCGAUAUUCCUUGGGAUUCUUGAUCCUUUAUUAAACUUAUUACCAAGGUUUUUAAUUGCAGCCAUCAUUGGUGUUGCUUAUGAAGCUUUAUUGAAUUAUGGUGGGUUGGUUCAAUAUAUUUUGAAAUCUAAUAAUCGAUUUGAUAAUAUCAUCAGUAUGAACAAAGAAGGGAUUUGCUCAUUUGCAGGAUACUUGAGUAUAUUUAUAUUUGGGCAAUCAUUUGGAUCCUUUGUAUUAACUGGGUAUAAGACUCCAUUCAAUUUGAUUAAAAUGACCCUGGUGAAACAAACUAAUCAAUCUAAAGCCAAUAAGAAAAGAACAACUUUAGAAAAAUGGUUUAGUGUAUCAACUACUCAAGGGUUAGCUAUCAUGACAUGUUCCAGUCACCUUAUAUUCUGGUUUAUUCUGCAAAAUUCAAGUGUUUCACGUAGACUUGCAAAUUUACCAUAUAUCUUUUGGGUUAUUUCAUAUAAUUCAACAUUAUUAUUGGGGUAUAACUUAAUUGAAAAAUAUAUUGGUGAAAGUGAGUCGAGGGUUCUUAAUGCAAUUAAUAAUAAUGGGUUAGCUAUUUUCCUUUUAGGUAAUUUAGGUACUGGAUUGAUUAAUUUGACCACCAAUACUUUGGAAGCUAAUGAGAUUACUGCAUUCUUAGUACUUUUAAUCUAUGCAGCCACUUUCACCACUAUAGCAUUAGUUUUAGAUCAUUAUAAAAUUUAUAUCAAAUUAUAG